GCAAGUCCGGGGAGAUCGUGAGCUGUGGUCUCUUCUCUCCCUCUUCACUAGAGCUCCUUUGUACUCACCCCUGCGUCGCUUGUGAAAGCAGAACAUCCUCACUCUAGAGCGCCUGAGAAUGGCGCCCCGAAAGCCCUCCACGACGGCGGAAGUCGCUCUCGUGCCGCUGAAGAACUGUCUGGUUAACCUCCCGCCGUCAUUGACCGCGCUGCUGGUCAAUGCGAACACUACGGCGCAAAAUGUCAUUGUCGAAUUACAAUAUAGACCGACGACCGGAAGGGCCAAUGGCAAUUCGGCGCAACGCUCAUGCUAUCUGGGGUGGACCGGAAUGCCGAGCAAGCGAAAGCUUGCGCCAGUUGUCGGGAGAGAUGGCAUUAGCAGCGGUCCCUCUGCCAGAGAACAAGAUGUCGCUACAGUCGAGAUGGAUACCACAUUCAGCAGAGUUUUGGGCCUUACGGAGGGGCAAAAGGUCGGGAUUUUCAUCCAUCUGGAUCCCCCAGUGGCCCAUACAAUCAACAUUGAACCGCUGACGCCGGAGGACUGGGAGAUUAUCGAGCUGCAUGCGACCUUCUUAGAGCUGAACCUACUGUCGCAAAUCCGCGCUCUACCUAAUCCCGCCUUCGAGACCACUCAAGCAGAUCACAUGCACCCCUUAGCACUGCAUCUCUCACCGACGUCGACCGCCAACAUAGUCGUUACCUCGCUCACGCCUGCCCCACCCACCACCUCUGCCUUUGCGAAGAUCGCCCCUGAUGCCGAAGUCAUCGUUGCUCCGAAGGUGCGGGCCAAGUCAUCGCGAGGGUCCCGCGGAGACAGCCGAAGCGUCGCCGGCAGCAGCCGGAGGAGUGCCGGAGGAAGAAGUAGUGGGAGCACAGUGCGACCCAAGGGACGCACAGACUCGACAAGCAGAGGUGCUCUCUAUUUCCGAGGUAUCGACCGCCAAUUGUCUGGACAAUAUUUUGAUGCGGAUUCUGAGGAUGAUGUCAAUGAGGGUUUUCGCGUUUGGGUCGAUGCCGACAUGCUUGCCACAAACGAACUCCGGGGCGCCAGUUGGGGUUGUAUUACAGUCAUUCAACCUGCCGGCCUCAAACCGCCACCGGAUCCCCAACAGCAGCUGAACCAAGCGGAACAAAAAGCAAACGAUGCCGGCCUGCCCGCCUCCAAAAUCGUGGCCAAGUUGGUUCCGUGGGUUGAUGCGCCGGAUACUCAGCAUGUUGCCGUGUCAUCUUUAUUGUGCUCGGCUUUAAAUGCCGAGAGCAUGGUAGGUGGUAUUGUUCGUGUCGAGGCCGCACCUCCACCAUUGCAGCGGUCGGCGGUCAAGUCUCUCAAAGUCUACCCCUUCAUCUCCGAUCCAUCCAAGAAGAAAGAUGGUCUUAAGUUUGGUGCAGACACCACGGCCGCGAAAGAUGCCUUGGCCGAGCGCAUCAAGGUGAUUUAUGGUAGUUCUGGGAGCGACAAAGGGUUGCUCUCAGGCCCCUUGACAGAUGGAAUGAUCUUGCCGAAGGCCGACAAUGAAGCUGUGUCCGCUUUUGAUGGUGCGAUCAUCCGGUUCGAUCCUCCAUUGAAGAGUAACUCUGAAACUUCCAAGCCGCCUCUUGGUUGGUUUUUGGGAUCGGAUUCGAAGCUGCCUCUUGAGGUACAAUCCGAGAUACCAAAGCCCGCAGAUCAAGGCUCGUCUGCCUUGCCCACAGAUGACCCCAUACCACCGACUGUGCCUCAAAUGGUUGGCAUUGAUCAGAUCAUAUCAAAGUCUCUCGAUAAUUUAACCAAGUCGUCUUCCAUCCUGUUGACGGGUGGUUUAGGCUCGGGAAAGACGGCUCUCACCCACCUGUUGGCACACCGUGUGCGAAAUGAAUACCUAUUUAACGUGAAAUAUUUCUCCUGUCGAAAGCUUGUGACAGAUGAGACUCGAAUCUCUAAUAUCAAGGAGACCCUGAAUCGUCUUUUCAUGUCGGCGUCUUGGUGUGCUCGUCUCGGCGGACAGUCGGUUGUGAUCUUGGACGACCUCGACAAGCUUUGCCCGGUGGAAACCGAGCUGCAGGUCGGGGGAGACAACGGCCGUAGUCGCCAGAACAGUGAGGUUAUCUGCUCUAUGGUUCGCGAAUACUGCUCCAUGAACUCCCCGGUGGUACUGCUGGCGACAGCACAGUCCAAGGAGUCUUUGAACAACAUCAUCAUCGGAGGCCAUGUCUCUCGCGAAAUCAUUCACUUGCGAGCCCCGGACAAGGAAGGACGGCGGAAGGUGCUCGAGCAACUGACGAUUCAAGAUCGAGAGGCGAGCAUCUCGAUGAAUGGCCAUGUGCGAAACGAGAGCUCCUCUACCCAGGAUUCUUGGCUGGAUCCUUCGAACCCAGGUAGUCGUCCCAGCUCAGCGGGUGCGGAUGGCUUUGUGCUCGGACGGGACGUCGAUUUCCUCGAGUUGGCCGGCAAGACCGAUGGAUACAUGCCCGGCGAUCUGGUGCUGUAUGUCUCUCGUGCCCGAAAUGAGGCUCUGAUCCGCUCCGUCCAAGACCCCUUGGCGGCGUCGAGAGCAAUCACUCUUGGAUUUGAGGACUUUGAAAACGCCAUCAAGGGCUUUACCCCGGCUUCCCUCCGUAAUGUGACUCUGACUUCUUCUACGACUACGUUUUCUGGCAUUGGUGGCUUGCACGAGACUCGAAAAACUCUCCUGGAAACCCUGCAAUACCCUACCAAAUAUGCCCCUAUCUUUGCGCAAUGCCCGCUCCGGUUGCGCUCGGGAUUACUGCUCUACGGUUUCCCUGGGUGCGGAAAGACGCUUCUAGCCAGUGCCGUGGCGGGAGAGUGCGGCCUGAACUUCAUCAGCGUCAAGGGACCAGAGAUCCUCAAUAAAUACAUCGGUGCCAGUGAGAAGAGCGUGCGUGAUCUGUUUGAGAGAGCCCAGGCCGCCCGGCCCUGUAUCCUUUUCUUCGAUGAGUUUGACAGUAUAGCACCCAAGCGUGGCCAUGAUUCCACCGGUGUCACCGACCGCGUGGUCAACCAGCUUCUCACGCAGAUGGAUGGUGCUGAAGGGCUUUCGGGGGUUUACGUUCUCGCAGCCACGUCCCGCCCGGAUCUGAUUGACCCGGCCCUCCUGCGUCCGGGACGUUUGGACAAAUCCUUACUCUGCGACAUGCCCAGUCAGUCGGACCGCAUCGAUAUCAUCCAGGCCGUGAGUAAGAAGCUGGCAAUGGAUGGGGAGGUGGCCGCUAGGCUGAACGAGGUGGCCGCUAGGACUGAAGGGUUCUCCGGAGCCGACCUGCAGGCGGUUGUAUACAAUGCCCAUCUGGAAGCCGUCCACGACGCUCUCGGAGACCGCUCCGGGGACAAACCCACGACGAAGAGCAACAGUGCCAAGCAAUCGUCGACAGGCACCAGCACCAAGUCCUUCAUUCAGUUUUUGUACUCGAACUCGGAGCAGAAUGGGUCUGUUUCGAUGCCGUCGCCGGCAGUCGUUGCAUCCAAACUCGACGCGAUCAAGAAUGCACGACGCCGCCAGCGGCAGAUGGAGCAGGGGACGGCGAACACCAGUACGCCGGCCACGAACGAGGCUGCCCACGAAGAACCGCGCGAAGAGAUCAUCGUUCGCUGGGAGCACAUGGAGCGAUCGCUCGACAGCACACGCAGCUCGCUCAGCGAUGCCGAGCGAAGACGGCUGCAGGGGAUAUACCGUGAGUUCGUGUUCGGCAGGAAUGGCGAGAUGCCCAACGGCGAGGCAGGCAACGAGAUUGGGGGGCGAACCAGUUUGAUGUAAUGGGCUUGGGCAUGUACAAUUAUCCCCGUAGACUUGUAUAGAAGACCUUGCAUUAGCUGU